UUGUGCAACCGUUCUAAUUGGUUGUUGCAUAUUAAUUUUAAUAAAUUAGCUUAAAGCAUCGUAUUAUGCACUAUGAGUUACUUCCUGGCCUAUUGCAAAGCGCACUGCAGUACUGUGCUCUCCCAGUACCAAAUGCUUAGAGCCGAAGGCUUGAUGUGCGAUAUUUUACUGAAGGUGAAGGAAAAUGAGUUUCCUGCACACAAGUCCCUGCUGGCCUGCUCCAGUGAUUAUUUCAGAGCUAUGUUCAAAAGCUACACAAAAGAAUCCAAAGCCAGUGUCAUUCAUCUACAAGUCAUCUCACCUACUGGUCUCCAGCAUGUCCUGGAUUUCAUUUAUACCUCCUGGUUGCCCCUUUCUUUUGAGAAUCUGGAGGACACCCUGGAAGCUGCCAGUUACUUGCAAGUGACUGAGGCUAUUGGCCUGUGCAAUCAGUACUUGGUUAACAACCUGACCCUGGAAAACUGCUGUUUUUCUGCCAACAUUGCCACCAAGUUCUAUCUUCCAGACGCUUUGUCAGCGACAGAAAAAUACAUCAUCAGUAAUCUCUGGAAACUUUUGGAUUUGCAUUUCAUGGAGCUGCUCUUACUGAACUUCAGAUCGUUGAUGGCAGUGGUAGAAUCCCCUGACGUCCCUAUGGUGAACGAAUCCUGCCUCCUGAAUCUAGUGCUCAUCUGGCUGAAGCAUGAUAAAUCCAGGUUGAUUCACAAAAGCAACCUAUUAGAACAUAUAAGAUUUGGUCUCAUCCCAGUGGAAGAUCUGAGAAAAGUCUACACUCAGUCAGAAGUGUCUCUCACGACACCUAUUAAAUGCUUGAUCAUAAAAGCAAUAAACUACCAUUCGCUAGUUUUUAAACAGCCCAUCCUGCAGGAUAAGUAUAGCACCCUGAGAAACCAGCAAACGCGCAUUAUCCUGCUAGGAGGAGGGACUUCCAAUGAGGGACUGGUCAGCGAUGUGAUGGCCUUUGAUGUUUACAAUCACAAAUGGAGAACUCUAACGCAGGUGCAGGACAGAGUACAGAAUCACUGCACGUGUGUGAUUGGAAACUACCUGUAUGUGCUGGGUGGGGAAACAGCAGAUUUGCAAAGUGACAUGAAAAGCACCAGCUUGUCAGUUACAAACAAGGUCCAUCGUUAUGACCCAAGAUUUAACAAGUGGACUCAAAUCACAGAAAUGCUUGAAAAGAGAUGCCAAUUUUCUUGUUGCAUCCUAGACAACAAGAUCUUUGCAAUUGGUGGAAGAGACAAGACCGGAUCACUGCAUUCAUCUGUUGAAGUCUACAACAUUAGCAGAGACAGAUGGACAAAGGUUACAGAAUUGCCAUGCAAGAUGCAUGGCCAUGCCAGUACAGUUUGCAAGAACACAAUCUACAUCUCAGGUGGCAAAUACACAGAUCAAACCAACACAAGUAAGGAUGUGUUCUCUUUGAGCAGCUUAGAAGGACAGUGGAGAAAGCAAGCCUCCAUGAGCAUUGCUCGAUUUGGACACCAGAUGGCAACGAUCAGAGAGGCCAUCUUCACAUUUUUAGGACUGUAUGAACCAUUCUCUGAAAUAGAAAGGUAUGACCCUGCCCCAAACCAGUGGACUCGCUUAAGGCCAUUGGUCUAUGACCGAUUUUGCUAUGGUCUGGCUGUGGUAGAGGAAACGGCACUUCUCAUUGGGGGAAAGAAAUGGCAAAACUCCCAGGAGGUGCCAACCCAAGAUGUGGUGGGUUAUGAUAUAGAUAAUGACUGCUGGGAAGAGAUUUGCAAACUUCCCUUCCCUUGGUAUGGAUUGCAGUGUGCCGUGCUACAACUCUCAGAAUUGGCGGAAACUAAGGACAUCCAAUAAUAGUGGAGCCAAACUUCUGAGUCAACGCUUCCAAUGGCUGAAGAACAGGACAGCAGGGCAGCCCCACAGGAAAACAGACAAUUGCAACUGCACUAAAUGUAACAGAGUUGAGGUUUUGCUUUAGUAAACACCCCACACAGAGCGUAUGGACAGGAAAUCAGGCACCAGCAUGGGAAAAAUGUGCUGUGACUUGUAUAGCUGAAGGCAGGUUUUGCCAAGGGCAGACAUGUCAAGUAGCACAUCCUGAAAGGAUGAUGUCGAGGAAUUCCAAUGCUGUACUUCCUUGGAAGCAUUUAAUAGCUGUCUAAAGUCAGAUUUUGCAAGGGUUAAAAAUGUAAUCUCUAUUUUUUUUAAUUAAAGGUAAUUUCCCCAGAUGGUAAGUGGUAUUGAAUUUUAUACUAUGGCUAAGCAAAAUGAAAGGGUAAUAUAUAAAGAUCAGAAAAUUCUUGCCUGUAAUAGCUUUAAUAAGUAACAUUUAGAGGAUGGUAUUAUUUGAGUAAAUAGCUAAGUGAGCAUGCCUUAGCUAAUCAGCAAGAAAUUACUGCAUGGAGAAGAGGGAUUGGAUAAAAUGUAGCUUUAAUUAUGGUUAUAUAUUAAACCAUUGAUUGUUUGAUACAGGAACUGAACCGAGAGGGAAAGCGACCUUUCUGUGAAAUAGCUUUUGUUAUGGCAUGCCCUCCAGGGUGGGGCUUUCAAGUGUGCUCUGUACUGGCACGGUACAUAUUUGCUGUAUCAAAACCACACAUUAACUGAGGCAGCCUGUUCUGAAUGAAUAUAAUUAUUAUAAGGUACAGUGGAACAUGCAACAAUAGUUGCUAUAUCCAGCUGCUUAAGUGAGUACAUCCUGCAUACUGUGUCCUGCCAGAUGACGAUCAAGAUGAUGGUGAAAUUCUUUUUAACUAUUGAGCCAAUACAUGAGAGGGAAAUGAAGUAAUAAAAGCUUGACUUUUAUCAAGGACUAAGAAGAAAAGAAAGUUAACUUGACUCUUUUGAAAUUCUGUAUUAAAUGUCUGGCUAUUUCAGAGAAAGCAAUUGCCUCACUUCACGUUGGCAAUGCUGACAGGGUAAUACGGAAUGGGUUGGGAGGACAUUUUAAGGCACUGUAAAAUGUAG